AUGGGCAUUCCGGACACUGUCACGGGGAAACGGCAACCUGAUGGAGCUGGAGUCGGCAGCGUCACCUGCAGUGGUCGUGCAGAACAACCUUGUCCUGCGGACUGUUUUUCCGGAAACUUGGAUCUGGUCGACAUGUAUCUCGACAAAGUGAGAAAUUUCAGAUCAGCAUCCAGUUUAUUGGUGCCAAGCUCUAGAUAUGAAAGUUUUUUUUAGUAUUUCAGGAUUUCAUAACGGUCUAUUUUGACUCCUGAGGAUUCAUAUUUUAACAAAUUCGUUUGCUCUAUAUUUAAAGUCAGCUGGUUGAAAAAACCUGGUGAGAAAUUGUAGGAAUAGCGUUUUUUUUUUUUUCAUAGACCCUUUUAUUUUUUAUUUUUAAUGUUUUUUUACCACGCACAAUAUUGGGUAUUUUUAACACAUUUUGAAGUUUUCUUGAUUGGACUUGUUGAGAUACCAUAAUAGCUUUUCCGAAAAUUCGAUUGGAACUGCUGCACACAAUGAAAAUUCUCUAUAUUCUCUCUUUAUACAUUUAUUUUCCGUUCUUUUGACAUUUGUAUGGUUUUUUUUUGAAUCUCCUAAAAAAUAUCUGGCAAUACUUUCUUUCGAAGCUGUUCUCCUCCUGAAUGGAUAGAUUUUUUCAUUUCAAAACUUGGAAUAAUCUUUUCUCAAAGUGGCAUCUUGUUUUUAUUUCGCUCUUUCCCUCAGAAUUUUCGACUCGGCGACAGUUUUUAAAGUUGAGGCUGGUUAAUUCUUUACUAUGAAAAAAACUUGAACUUUUUUUAAAAAUCAAGCAGAUAUUUCCUUUUUCAGCUUUUAAAUGAUUUAUUUGAACGAAUGUAGUUAUCCAAUUGAAAACGAUACUCUCAAAACCGUUACUUUUCUCAUUUUUUUCAGUGUGUCUUUUCGGCGUUUGUCUGGCUUUUUUGAUUUUAACCUAACCUUCGAAAAAAGAAUAUCUUCUUCCGUAGCGCUUUGGAUUCAGUAUUCAUGGUCGUGAUGGACGGUUCGUUGCCGACAGACAGCGUGGGCAACUUUUUAAUUGCUCCUGAAGAUAGUGGCGCCGAUGUUGCUGAAGUCGCCGUGAGAAGCAGUUUUCCUGAGACUUGGUUUUUCCAACAUUUGACGAUCAAGUAAGGGUUAUCAUUAGCUCAAACUUCUUUUCGAAGGCAUCAGAAUAGAUAAUGAAAAAAAAACCUUCAAUAUAGACCGUACGGCUUGAUGACUUUCCUGUGUCUGCGUCUCUCUGUUCUCUCAUCGUAGAGGUCACAGAAACGCGAAAAUAGCGCGUCAACAUGAGAGGCUCGUCGAGAUACGUGGAGGGCGCAUAGAAGUCACUUCAAUAAAGGGCGCCCUAUAAGCGUGAAACUGAAAUGGUCCCUAUAGGGUCCUUUAAUUUUUGUUCGGAUUUGAAAAUCGAAAAGAGAAACUCGAACUUUCUCAACAUUUUGAACGAAAAAAAAAAUUUUUUUUCUUUACAAGUGUGGUUAGCCUCCCUGCAACAUCGCCAUACCAUCCCGAUCUUGCAAAAAUAAAGUGAUUGAAUUUAAUUGAACUUGAUCAAUUCAUCCUCUAUUGAUAUUUUUCUUUCGAUUGAGGUUUUCGCAUGGAAAUGCUUCUUUUCAUAGAGUUCAUAACAAUAAUCGACUAGCGUGUCUCGUAUAGGUGCCACUAUCUAAAGCCCUUAUAGGGUUCACGUUUGCAAGCAAUCGGGCCUCCUAUACGGACCACUGUGAAGGUUCUAAGAAACUACUUUUUUUUGGCAUUUUUUUGAAGUUUUAUUCGAUGCUAUAUAUAAAGAAAAAGAUAUAGAUAUAAAGAGAAAACUUAGAAAGUUUUUCGUUUCGAAAGUCUUCUCAAUCAGAAAAUCGUCUCGAACGUCUUUCCGAUCUUGGCUAUAACCUUAUAGAUGGUUUGGACAGCUUUUUCGUUUUUUUUUUUUCAAUUUUAACCCAAUACACUGCUUUAACUUUUCCUGCACACGCCGCCUCCUCACGGAAUUCUAAGCUUUUCUCUUUUGUCCUCCAGAAAUUUCAAAACUUGUUAGAGUAUUUUUUUUAGUUGUGAUGAGGAAGUUCUUCAAACUUGGAAUGUCUGUGGAAAAGGCGGGGGCACCAACGCAAACGCAACAAGUCGUCACGAGAACCCUUUUCCCAGAGACGUGGAUUUUUGGAAAGUUAACGGCAACGUAAGAAUACUAUAAUUUUUUUGCUAGAUUUACGGUAAAAGAAAAUACCGCUUGUGUUAUCGAAGUCGGUGGUGCUAGGAUCUUUGUGGUUUUCAUUAGUUUUAGAAAUUUUAAAAAUUGUUUCAAGACUGAUUCAGUUUUUUUUUCCAUUUAAUUAACUAAAAAAAGAGCUGAAGAAUUUUUGGACGACUCCAGUCGCAAAGUGUACUGUUGUAAAGACGUUUCGAGGGCCAUGUAGAUAAUAAAAAAAUUUUUUGCCGCUUUUGAAGUAAUUAUAGAUUUAUUAUGUUUUGCGGGGUUUUUUUUUUGGUAUUUACUAUGAGUCAUCAUGGUAUGAGAUCUCUGCGAUGUGAAAAUAUACUAACAUUAAAGUGCUCUUCGAUGUUGAAGCUUUUUUGAGUGUGCCUUACAUUACCUUUCUGAAUGCAAUAACUAAAAUAUUUUCAAAUUCUGUUUGAGUUAUGUGAAACUUUUUUCAUUGACUAAUAUUUUUAAUGUUUUGAGAGAGCAUUCUUGUAAUUUUUUUCGUGUUUUUCUGCUAGUUUUUAAUAUUUUUCCUUCUCGUCGCACUCAAUCUGAUUUUCAUAAGUUUCGAAAUUGUCUUACUAUGAGGAAUAUUUUCUCAGUGUUGAUGUACGCCAUGUACGACAACGGAAUGAGGAUACAAGGCGAUGCCGGCGCUUAUGCACCCGAAGGAAAAUCAGCUGAGAUUGACCUCGUGGUUCGGAGAGAAUUCCCAGAAACCUGGAUUCACAAAGAUUUGGCAUCAAAGUAAAUUUUUUUUUACUAGCGAGCGAUAAGGCUCCGAUUGGCGGAGGAAAAUGUUUUCUGAUGAUAAUUCGAUUUUUUUUUAACUUUGCCAAACCUCGAACGUUCACUGACACGACAUAGCUGAUUAAUGGCUAGCUUGAGCCAUUGAAACAAGGGUUCUGACACCAUAAGAAAAACGACAGUUUGCUUAGUAGAGAGCGCAGACAGGCCACGCUUUUUUUGCUAACCGUGAAUACGCUAUAUACUGCAUGUCGGAAUUAGGCGCAGACUUGUUCUGCGCCAUUUGGGCAGGGUUGGAAAAAAAAGGGCGUUACGUUUUUCCUUCUUUUUAGACCAUAUUCUAGUGGUUACCUACUUAUAACUAAAGAUGAUGCAGUGCGUAGUACGCAAGUAUGAACACACAUGCCCAAGGUUCACAUUCGGUCAGUCAGAGAAAGAGGUUGACAUUAAGAAAUUCUCUAGAACAGAGUGGGGUCGGCGGCCCUGAAGUUCGGUCUGUCCAUUUAUAGUUUUGAAGGAAAAUAAUUGAAAGUCUGGAAAAAUAGCUUGAAUUCCUGUCAAAACCCUGCUUUGCAGGUAAUUUGCUCUAUGUAAAAAUUCGCCAUUUCUCGGUUUUCGCCUUUUUCGUUUCUUUCAAAUUAAAAUUUUCUUUUUUUUCGCUGAAUACCCUUUAAAGAUAAGAUACUGGAGUUUUUCUAGUUUUUUCUGACGGCUUUUUUGCGGACUUGUACGUUAAGAAUUUGCUUUACGAACUCUGGAAAAGACGAAAAUAGGGGUUUUCAACUUAUCAAAACUCCCUGGACCGUCCAAUUAUUGGUUUCAAAAAUGUUCAAAUCCUCUUGGUUCCUCGGAUUUUCGAGUGAAAGUUUCAUUUUUGGUACUCAUAUGUGUUAUAGGGAACUUUGAAUCGAAAAAACUGAAAAGGACAACAGAGGGGUUUUUGAAAUUUUUUCAAGAAGGGAGCCGGACCAGUCCAUUUUUGGUACGGAAAAUGUUCAAAGUUUUAUAAUUUUCUCUAUUUAUGUGAGAAAGUUGUACUUCCGUGUGUAUAAUGGUUUUAUAAACAAGAAAACCUUAAACUUCAAGAAAAGGUGGUACUCUCAGUGAUUACGAAAAUCAUUGGGAAAAAGGUUGAUAUUUUGAAAAAAUUUCCUUGGAGGGGUCGGGGGGUCUAAAGUUCGGUCUGCCCAUGUAUGACCUUGAAUCUUUUCGAUAGAUUCUUUUUCAAUAAAUUUCCACGGUAUAGUACCGCUGGCUCCACUUGCGUCCAGCCAGAUAUGAACACCCUUUUCUAGCAGUUUGCAACAUUUUUUUAAUAUUUAAAAACAGUCCUUUUACAAUAGUGUUCAAUUUGAAAGUCAGUUAUUCUGGUCAAAACUGGUGAAAUAAUUAAGAAUUUUUCUAGGGAGAACGGCGAAGUUGAAUACGAGAGCAAGGCUCCGGACACGAUUACUUCGUGGGUUGCCAGCGCUUUCGCCGUCAGCGAACAGUCGGGUCUCGGCGUUGCUCCUUCUACCACGAAGGUAGAGUUUCUCACUAGGGUACUACUGGGACGAAUAUCGAGUUCAAACUUCUGUGACUUAUAGACCUAGAUAGGAACUGUUGAAAACAAAGAGAUCAUCUGAAGAGUCUUUUACCCGCAUUGAUCUUCCUCUCUCACCGAGGUGGCGUGAAUCAGUGACUAGAUUGUUGGUCUCAUGAUUGACUUUUUUGAAAAGGUUCAAUUCCUGUAAAGUGCAAAUCAGUUUUGCAGUUUUUAAAGACAAAAAAGAUUUGAAAAUACCGAAUCUAAAGUGUUUAGAAUAUUUAUCCAUCUAUAUUUAAUUUUUUUAGAGCUAUUCAAAAAAAAAUCUCAUGAUAUCUGAUGAAAAGGUUUACAUGCAUCUUAUUUUCACUGGAUAUUUUUUUACCCAUUUGACUUUUUUGAAAACCAAAUAAAUCAAAAGAAAAGCUAUUACAUGAGUUUCAUGACCCCUAAAAGUUUUUUGGUCGUUAAGGGAAAUGCAAAAAAGAUUUGCGUUCGAGACGAAUCGAACCUACUCAAAAAAGUCAAUCAUGAGAAUGACCCUCAAACCACUGCGCCAGGCCACCUUGGUGAGAGAGGGAGGUGUGUUCAGGACUCUUCCUGAAUUUCUUCGAGAAGCUUUUUUUUCUAAAAGCCUAUGCAUUCUAGCAGAUAGUCUCUUUUGUUUCUGAUAGUUUUUAUGUAGUUCUACAAGCCACAGAAGUUUCAACUCGAUACGCGUCCCCGAGUCCGAGUAGUUUCCUAGUCUAUAAUAUUAAUAUUUACCAUUAUUUCAAAGCUUUGUAUUGAAAAAAAAAGUUUCAUAAAAAUUUUCAGCUUCGUGUUUUCCGACCGUUUUUCAUUCGUCUCAACCUUCCGUAUGCUGUAAAACGCGGCGAGAAGUUUGCACUUCAAAUCUUGGUCUUCAAUUACAUGGAAAGGGAGCAGGACGUGCGGAAUUCUUUUCAGAUUUUAAACUUUUAAAGUGAAUACAGGUUACCGUUACUUUACGGCAUGAUGAAAACUCUGGCUUCGACCUGCUCAACAAGGAUGGGUCCAUUCAGAAAAGGUACUCGCUAAAGAAAAUCACUUAAUACUAGUCUAGAAACACCUAUUUUACUUGAAAAAAAAAACAAAUUACAUUUCAUUCUAUUAAUAAUAGUUCAUUUACACUGUGAACCCCAACGAGUUCACUUCGAUCUACAAUUUGAAUGCAGAGAAAGAAAAAAACAUUUCGCCCUAAAUUGGAUCGAAGGGCAAAAUUUUCGAAUUGAGGAAAAAGAUGACCAUGACCAGAGAAAAUCUUGUGGAGAGCGAAGAGAUUAGAAAUAACUCGUCUAAUGUAAAACGGGGUUUGCUGAAAUUGCUUUGGAUGAUCUGAAUCAAAGGAAAGGUUCGACCGAACGUGAAAAAAUUUACGUGAAAAAAUUCCAUGUGGGGAUUCAAGCUUGUAGCAAAAGUCAGAGGUGGGUUAAAAUCUUUAGAACAAUGUACUAUUAACAUUGCUUGCAAUCAAUUCAUGGUUUCAUCUAAGCGAAAACCGAAAAGCUUUUUUUCAGAGAGGACAAAAGCUCCUCAAAUGUGCGGAUCGUCUCUGUGGCAGGCGGAGGUGCUUCGAAAGCAGUCUAUUUCCCGAUUCUACCGUCGAGGAUCGGCCUCGUUCCCAUUCAUGUCUCGGCCAUUGCCAACCAAGCUGGGGAUGCGGUUGAAAUGCCCCUUCGCGUCGAGGUUUCGAAAAAUUUCGGCGAAACUCCUUGAGCUAUCCACGUGUUGCAGCCCGAAGGAUUCCGUGUGGAUCGUAACAUCCCUCUUGUCGUGGAUUUCGGCAAUUCAACCGAGUUUGAGAAGACUAUUCGUUUUAUUUGGCCAGAUGAUGUCGUCGAAGGGUCUCAAAGAGCUCGUGUUGAUGUGAUCGGUGUGUUUUUCUACUUUAUCAAAAGAAAAAGUCGAAAAUCUAGUGGAUUUUUAAUAUUCCGGGAUGAUUUUUAGAAACUGAAACAGUUAAAGUCCAACCAGAGUACUGGAUAUAGUCGCCAAAAUCAAGUUUUGAACCGUUUUAACUUUUUUUUUUCGUCUUCUGUUUCAAAAAAAGAUUUGAAGGUAAACUGGUCAACUAGGAGAAAAAUAGAAUUUUUCACUAAAAGUUCUACCGUAACCUAGUGAAGGGCCCUUUCACUAAAAAUCCUACCGUAGCCCAGUGAGGGGCCUCAAAGUAACUAGCCUAAACGUUUACACACUGUGUCUAGUAACUCUGAGAAUAAUUUUGAUUUCUCGAAACGAAACUUCAAACUAUUGUACCAACGAUUCACUACAGUUCCUCGGAUUUCUCGGAGAACGUGUAAUAAAAAAAACGACCUGUUGAAAAUCAACUACUGAAAAUUUUUGAAAUCAGGUCACCUGUUGAAAGAAUAUUGAACGGUUGAAAUUGACGGCUGUAAUACUGAAUGAUUUCAACUUUCGAUAAGAAACUGACUGAGAUUGCCCUUCUCUUUUUUAGAAGCUUUCCUGAAUUUGUUUAACCUUAUCCCUCUUCUAUAUAUUAUCUCAUUGAUGUUGUCAUAUUCAAAUAAUGCAAGUAAAAAAAUGACUUUCAGUUCACAUUGAUGGAAAGAAAAAUUAACGAGUUUUGUUUGAAGGAGAUAUCAUGGGACCGGUACUGUCAAACGCGGAAAAACUGGUGCGGAUGCCGUUUGGUUGCGGUGAGCAGAACAUGUUGAAUCUGGUGCCGAACAUCCUGGUCGUCAAGUACCUGAGGUCUACAAAUCGCCGAGAGCCCAACCUUGAAGCCAAAGCGAUCAAAUACAUCGAACAAGGCGUUCAACGGGAGCUCACCUACAAGUAGAAAAUUUCAAGUUGAAUGAUGCAAGGGGUUUAAUGUCUUUCAGAAGAAACGACAACUCAUUCUCGGCGUUCGGCGAAAGUGACAAGUUUGGUUCGACGUGGCUCACCGCCUUUGUUGUUCGAUCGUUCGCCCAUGCCAAGAAUUUCGUCUAUAUUGACCCCAAGAUCACUACUGUUUCCAUUGCUUUCCUGAAUAAUCAGCAAAUGGUGAGAAAUCGAUUGAAAAAAUCGUGAUUUUAUAGUGAACGUUUCACGGCUUGAAAUAUAGUCCGUUCAUAUUUUGAAUGUCAAGUAGAAUGACGUCAUUCGAGAACGCUUUGUGGAUAGCUUGCUCUCUGAUUGGUUUAUAGCACUAUUAGGGGGUGGAGCUUCAGCUUCAGCGAGGACUUGACAUUUGAAAUCUGAAAAGACUAUACGAGAAGGGCAGGUUGACAAGCUCGAAGCGUUGCGCAAGCGACGCGGCUUUUAAGGUGGAAACUCGAGAUCGAACUCUCAACAGUGGAAAAAUGCAGAAAAUAAGAAGUUUUUUCAAAUCAUAAACAAUUUUUUUGAAUAACAAAAAAAUGUUGUCUUUUUUGACUUAGAAUUCCCCUUCAAAAAACCGCGUCGCACACGCAACGCGUCUCCCUUCCCAUUCUACCUAUCUCGCCUUUCAAUUCGGGAGGAACUGACUAGAUAUGGAGAGCUCAAGGGAGUUUUUGAGUACGCGCUUCAGGAAAAUGGGGCAUUUGCUGAGCAUGGCGAGAUACAUCACAAGGAUAUGCAAGGCGGGGCCCAGGACGGCGGCCUCGCUCUCACUUCCUACGUUCUGAUUGCGUUGCUCGAGAACGGAGUGAGUUUUGAAAUGCCGCUGAUGCUGACAGAACUUACCUCAAACAGGUGCGAAACGAAAAAGCGGUAGCGCACCUUGAGAAGCACCUUCCGUCGUUGACAAACGAUUCUUACUCUCUGGCGGUGACCACAUACGCCUUGCAUAUGGCUGGAAGUCCACAGGCAAGCGUCGCUCUCGACAUGCUCCAGAAGCUGUUCAUCGAAGACAAGGGUAGGUUUUUAUAUUGUUUUAUAUUGGGACAAAAGAUCUGGAUCUUUUAACACAAGAGCAAAACAAAAAGGAAAGCAGAUGAGAUCGCACAGUGUUCCAAAAAAGGCGAAAAAAAGGGCGGAAACGCGAGUUCCUUCUAACGCGACGCGAUGCCGCGCGAGUCAACCCAAAAAAAUUCAUUCACUUUUAUUAAUUUUUUUUUCUUAUUUUCUUGCGUAUUUUUUGGAUAUCUUCGUAGUUUCUCACAUUGAAUGCGUUCUAAAAAUUCGUUUAACAAGAUCUCUUUUUACAACCACUAAAUCCACAAAACUCGACUCUCAUCCCCGCGCUCCUAUUGCAAAAACCGCGCCGCUUUUGCAAUCGAGCCCGCCUACUAACCACAGCUGUCGCCCGUUUGGGAACACUGUGUGAUCUCGAUGGGCGAAAGUCGAGAUUUUGAUUUGGGCGAGUUCAGACGGCCAGCUGCAUCUGUCUAACGCCAAGCAAGAGAAGCCCAAGGAUUCUUCGGCCUACAUGUUCCAAUCGUCGCCGGCCGAUGUUGAAAUGACCGCCUACGCUUUGUUGGCUUUUCUCUCCAACAACAACACGGUUAAGGUUUUUUGUGGCGGCUGAUGUUUCUCGGUUCUAUAUCAACUUUUUUUUUUCUAUCAGAGCUUGCCCCUGGUCCGAUGGCUGAGCUCGCAGAGAAACGCUUUGGGUGGAUUCACCUCGACCCAGGUAUCUUUUCAAAAGAAAAAAUGCUGUGUAGCAAAAUAUUCUUGGACAAGGUAUAACAUAUAAGCAACUUUUCUAACUUUGGAAGCCGAAACUUGAAAAAGCAGGUUUGGCUAAGUUUGAAAAAAAAAUGUCUAAAAAGUGUUUAAAAACAAAAAUCGUAUGUAGUUCUACGAGGGCGGGCAUGCGAAAAGAACAAAUCUGCGCGUCGAAAUGCUUUUCGAAAUUAUUUCAAACACAUCUGUUUAGCCCGUUCGGUUUUGUGCACUGUAGGUAGGUUUAAAUUGUGCAUACACUGGUCGCGGUUUUUGGGCGAUAUCUUCUUUGACAGCGUUUUUUUUUAACGAAAAAAUAGACAAAUUUGAAAGAAAACACAAUUAGAACGUUCAUAGAUAGAAAUUAAGUUUUAAAAAUUUGGUCUCUCUGGCAGUGCCAGCAAGUCCAAAAAAUGGGCAAAUUUGAAAAAUCCGUCCUUAACUCGGAUAACCAAUUGCAAGAGCUUUGCACUUCAGCACAGACUAGUUUGCAUACAAACUGCAGAAAGUUUGCAGUUUGCAACGAGAAACACACUGAUUUGCAACCCGGCAGGGGGUAAAUUGCAACUAGGUUGCAAUUUUUGGCCGAACAAGGGUUUUGCAAGUGAAUUGCAAGUCUGCAUUUUAGCUGCAAACUAGUUGCAUGGAACUUGAAACCGAAUCGUUCGACCUUUUUUGAGUUGCAAACAAGUUGUUUGCAGAUUGUUUGCAAGUUUAUGAGAAAUAGGAAUAUUUUUCGAACUCAAAAAAUUUGAUAAAAUUUUUUCUGAGAAUGCGAACUCGACAAUGCGUUUCAAUCGUGAUUUUUUACAUUGCUCAAAUUUUUUUUUUCGAGAAACACAAUUUUUUUUUCAAAAUAUAUUACUUUUUGACUCGGUUCAAAGUCCAAGUUUCCAAACACCUUUUUUUCUCGAAAUAAACGGCCAUUCGAAAUGGUCAUAAGUUAAAAUUUUUCAUGUAGUACGUUUCUCAUUUAAAGGCAUAGGGGCAGUAAAAAAAUGGGGUUUCAGGUGAAAGCAGUAUCGUAUAUAGUUUUUCUUUCCGAAUCGAAUGGUGUACUCAAAAAAAUUAAAUAUGUGACCACUUUAGAAGAAAAACGCGAUUUUACUUUCCCGCCUUUAUUUUUGAAAAAAGCUUUGGAUCGGUAUGCAGACAAAUGUUUACAGUAGCCGUGCACGCGAUGUUACGGACGUCUCAUUAGACUCGCAUUUUGUCAGAAAUAACCGGGUAUCUGCUUCAAAUUAAGGGUUUUUUCUCUGAAAAAACAUUUAGUCAAACAAAAAACACACACCGAUAAUAAAGAAAAUACAAAAUAAUGUUAUCCCAAUCGAAACCUGUGUGAAAUCAUCAUUUUUCACCAAAGAAGCGUUUUUGCGAUCAAAGUUUGCAAAUUAUUCAUGAAUAGAAAGCUUUUGUGACGAAAAGAACUUUGGUGACAACAGAAAAAAUUGAAAAUUGAAAGAAACGAAGAAAAAAGCGAAAAUCCGGAAGAUGGCGAAGCCUGUUGUCCAUAGAGCAACUUUACUGCAAAGUGCUCUUUUUGCGGGAACUCAAACUUCCCUCUCUCCGACUUUGAAUUACUUUUUCUCCAAAACUAGGAAGUUUGGUACGUUUCAAAGUUCACCGUUCGAUUCGCAAUGAAAAACUCUACAAAGUACUGCUUUGAACUAAAACACCGUUUUUUACUGCCCCUAUGCCUUUAAUUCAAUCUAUUUCAAAAACUUUUACGACUAUCUUUCCAUUUUUGAGGUUUCUAAAAAACCAAAUAAGCCAGAAUAUCCAAAAACUCCAUUAUUCGCAAACCUCAAAAGUGAAUCUUGCUCCCUUUUACUUUGGAAAUUAUUAUAUCGUAUGGUCUGUGUGCCAAGACUUGAAAUUUCACGGAACGACAUUCCGCUGUUCCGCUGCGUGUGUUCGCGAAGCGUCUUUCGAAUCUAGGUCACGCUUUCAAUGGAUUGUAAUUGCUGAGUAGAGUUCCUUAAUAAAAGAAAAAAAAAAAUGAAAAGCGCGACCAAGGUUCGCAAAGGCGCGCAGCGGCAUAGCGGAAUGUCGUUCGGUGAAAUUUCAAGUCGUGGUACACAGGCUGUAAUAUAGGGAAUAGUGUCGCUUUUUUUCAAGCCGUCUUUAAUAUUUUUGAAAAAGAAAAAAAUUAGAAAAUUAGAAAAAAAACUUUCUACGGGGAUUUGAAAAUUUUGAUUGAAAAGCCGCAGCCGUGUAAAGUUUUUUUGGGUAAUUUCAUUUCAUCAAAAGUCUGAAGUUAAACAAAAAUCAUAUUUCCAGUUGACCUGUGAACAUUUGCACACAACUCGAUUGCAACUUGAAAAUCAGCCUUUUGCAAGUUUCCUGCAUCGAGUUUUCAGCUCCAUUGCAAAUCAUUUUCUCAGUUUUCGAUGAAUUGGCUUAAAAUCUAAUGCCGGGAACGAAAUGAUUCCAGCGAUUUCAAAAAUACGCAAAACUAGAAUUUCGCGAGCCAAGUCAACGCACCUGCAAAGAGAUAGCGACUUUAACGCGCGAUUUUGAAAUUUUGGUUUAACAAUGCCCAAAUAAUUGCAAAAUAUAAAUUUUUCGCGCUUUCUCGUUGUAGGACCCAUGCGCAAAAAAUAUUAUAAAGAAAGCACGCGGCAGCGGGUAAACCGUGAAAGUCGAGCCCAUCAGUUGCACGCCAGGCGUGAUACUUUUUUGCCCAUAACUUUUUCCUUAGCAGACCUUUUUCCAAAAACUGAACGGAUUAUGAAAAUUGAAAGUCUUCUCUAUCUGAACAGAUUAUAUAAAAUCGAAUCAUUCAAGGCGAUCGCAAUAAAAUAUAAAAUAAUGUAAAAGCAGUAUUCUGAAAAUUUUCGAGCCUAAUCUGCCCAUUUAGUAAAGGAUUUUUUCCGGUACCUCUUCGGGUUUAGCAGAUAAUAUCUCUUGUUCCAAGUAUCGUGACCUAGGUCUAUGAACCAACGAUGUUUGAACUCGGUUCGCGAAUACAAGUUCGCCUAGUUCCCUAGUAUGAGAACUGCAGCGAAAUGCAUUUUUGAGUUCUUCUAUUUUUUUUUGCUAAGUCCAUGAGAGGUGUAACAUAACAGCUUUUAUUUGAAAAGCUUUUCAGCGUGUUAUGCAAACUGCCCCAUGCGAUAUGGCAAAAGUAGCUUUCGCACGCGCGCGAGCCUUUAGCUCAGUGGAUAAACGUCGGGACUGUUACUGCAACGAUGGAAAAAUGGCGCUUCGACUCCUCUUCGACUUCAGACAAUUAGCAGAAAAUAUUGCUGUUAAUUAAUAAUCUUCGCCAACUUCCUGCAUGCAACCAAAAUGCAGCUCGACAGUUAAAACGACGCUUUAAAUUUUUCGAAUUUUGCGUGUGAUUCGCAAGUGAUUUGCAACUGCGAACUCCAUGCAAGCAAGUGAAUUGCAAUUUGCAAUGUAGUCACUUACAACAGCUGCAGACUAGUGCGUUUUUUAGUUGCAAAGUUCUUGAAACUGGUUAUCCGAGAAUAAGGAAUAAAAUAGAAUUUUUUUUUGUAAUUUCUCAGCUUUUAAUGUCGAAAAUAUCAAAUAUAAAAUGAGGUUAAAAGUGGUCUAGUAUGGCUAGCGGAGACGGCGCACUGCAAACCGGACGGGGGUCCCGGUGGGUCUGAACUGGUGUGCAAAGACAGUUUUUUUUGAUAAUCAGAUAUUUUUAAACUGUUUUUAUCUGUUCGAAUCAGUGUUAGUGUUUCGCAGAAUCGCAAAUCGGGAAACCCAAAAAAAAAAAACAAAGAAUAAGGAGGCGAGUUGCAUUUUUUUAGCUUCGCACAUUGAAUCCUGCUUUACCAAUUUUUCAAGGCUAAAUAAUUCUCAAAAAUUAUCUUUUUUAUUUUAUUUUUUGUCUCAAAUUUUUCGGUUGAAUUUUCUCAAAAUUUUUAUUGAAACUCACUACUCACUUUAUAGGUUCCAUUCAUUUUUUUUUUUCAUUGUACGUUCAUUUUUUUGAAAGAUCGUUGACGGUCCCUAAGUAUAGAGAUUUUUUUAGCUACAGAUUAUAUUAUCAGAAGAACAAAAAAAUGGAAUUUUUAGAAUUUUUUUCAAGUGACCUCUCAUUUUAGGACACCGUAAUGGCUCUGCAAGCUCUGGCGGCCUAUGCGAGCAAGACCUACGCGCCGAUGAAAAGCGUCCGUGUUUCAGUAAUCAAUGGACACGAUUCCCACUCGUUCAAUGUAUCUAACGACAACUCUAUCGUUUUACAGAGUUUCGAGGUCUUUUUCGAUUUUUUUUUUCACAGAUAUUUGGAGAAACUUUUGCUUUACUGUAAUAUAUGGUCAGACCAUUUCUAGAGGCCGCCGACCUCUCCUCCCAAGAUUACCUGAAUCAUAGUUGAUAACACCUCCCUGAGGCUGAAACUUGUAUUACUGUGGCCAAAAGUACCUUCCUGGGGUCGAAAAUGGAUUUUAUACCUAGUUGUUUUCAAUUCUUGUAAGCCAAUCCUUCCUCUCGGGCUGAAUGAGUUCUGUACUCGCCCAUCUAUUCUUACUGUAUAGGUUUUUUCCAAAAUUAAAAAAAAAAACUCAGGGGGAAGUCCUUUUACUUUGCGAGCGGGAACUUCCUGAAAAUUGGCCAGAACACUUCUUGAUGUACCAGAAGAAGAUUCUGAAAGUCUCAACUUGCACAACUUCCUAGGUCUCAAGAAACAAGGGUUUAGAGCCCCAAAGUUGCUCCUUUGGUGGCAUGAAAAAAGCCAACGUAUCGAACGGCGAGUUUUCCGACUUCAUAUCGUUAGGGAACUUACCGACGGAGAAGUUUCCGGCGAAUCCCUUUUCGACUUUUUUCUCUUUUUUCAACUACCUACUUUAUAUAUAAAUAUUCAAAAUGAAGAAUUUAUCGAGAAAAAAAAAUCGGAAACUUCUCCCUCGGAUAGUUCCCUAGCGCUAUGAAAAAAUCGGAAAAGUCGUCGUUCGAUCUUCGCUGGUCUUUUUUUUCAUAAUACCCUCAUUUUAUCAGAUUUUCUUUUCUUCAGAAUUUUCUUCUGGUACAUCAAAAAGUGUUCCAGCCAAUUUUCAGGAAAAUCCCAACUGGAAAGUAAAAUGACCUCUCUUGUCAGCAUUUUUUUAGUGAUAAAAAAUUUACAGCUGUCGAAUAUCAAUGAUGAAGUGGUGUUGAACGCAACAGGCGAAGGAUUGGCCUUCGUUCAGGUUUUUUUGCCAUCAGAAAAAAAUAUUGUGAAAAUGAUAUCAAAUGGCUAGAAUCGACGAUAGUAUUAACUACGAAAACGUCUAACUGUCACGAAUAAUUAGUGGUUCUCUAACAAAUUUACGUUCCUGCGAUUAGCUUCUCCUAACUAGAGAAAGUUUUUCAAAAAAUCCUAGUGAAAAACAUUCCCUAGUACGGCGGUCCGAAGAUCGUUGUUUUCCGGCUUUGAAGAUCACUCAGGGCUUAAAAAAUAAUCAAAUUGUGAGAGCGGAAAAUUUUACGCAUGAAAUUUUGUAGAUAUUUUCAUACUUGGUAUGAAUGGAAAAGUUUGAUAAUGUUUUUCACUUCUUGUGUGAUAAGAAUGUAUGUUCCCAUUUAAUUUUUUGCAUCUUUAUCUCGAAAAAAAAAUUAGCGAUCGACUAUGAACUGUUCUAUCUCAUUUUGUACUUUAGAUCUCAUAUUCAUAUCACCGUAAUCAAUUGAACAACGAUGCUCCGUUUUUCUGUACAAAAGAGCUGAAAGAAUUGCGGGGUGGAAGCCGAAUGCAGCUGGAUUUGUGCUGCAAGUCAGUUCAUUUUUUCUUUUCCCUGGACUAAUAAUUCGGUCAUUUGGCUGCGAAACGUGCAUUCUUUACAGUUAUACGCGAACCGGCAAAUCGAACAUGGCUCUGGCUGAAGUCGAAGCAUUGAGUGGAUAUCGGUUGGGAACAACUUUCUUUUAUCAAAUUUCGAAAAAAAAAACGCUUUUUUUCUAUACCUUUUAAUAAGGAAAAAAAAGAAAAAGAAGCGGAAGAAAGGAGAUUUCGAGAAACUUUGACACAUUUUUAGGGACUCAAAAAGGGGCUUGAGACUCUUCUUUUUAAGUCCGUUUGGACUUUGCCUGUGUGAAUAUAUCGCAGCGGGGCGCUAUAGUCAAAAUUUCUUGCCGCGAUGUCGUCAAAAUGUUGCUUCGAUCUCGUCGGGUUUUAGCACCCAUAUAGCUCUAAAUCUUAUAAUUUUGGAGUUGAAAACAUAUGGCUUUAUUUUAGUCUUCUAUGAUUAAAUGAAUUAAAAGGCGUAGCCUUAAUCCCGCUGCGACAUAGUCCAUAAUAAUGGGUGUGACAUCUGUUUUUCGAAAAAAUGUGUAUUCAAUUCUAAUGAGCCCUCUUCUCACUGCCACCUCCCAUAAAAAAUGUUCUAGUAGAAACUCUUUGGAAUACAAAAAAGGACCGAAAGUUUUGAAUUUUUAAAGUGGCUCUAGAAUAAGGUGAAGGGGUGUAGCUAUACUUUGACAGGCUCCUGUAUAAUCGACAAAAUUUAAUACGUUUUCGCAAAUUUUUCCCAAAAAUUGAUAACUUCAACUGUUUGAGAUUCGACAACGAGCAAAUGCCGCAUUUAACUUCGGUCGACGAUUUGCAACGAGUUGAACUGGACAAUGACGACACUGUGAUGAAUGUUUAUUUCAAUCCGGUCGGUUUUUGCAAACAGGGAAAUUUUUUCAAAAAUAGAAGCAUAAGAGUUGGAUAAACGUUAACUUCCCGUCACGUUGCGCUUUGGGAAGGGUUAUAUAGCCCGUUCACGGCUGGCUUGGGACGGCGAAUGGGCGGUUUGAUUUUCGCGGCGAAGGUAGAUCAUGGAGACUAUUCAUGUGCCUUCCAUCGAAGCCCCAUUUUAUGACUAAUUUAUUUUUCUCUUAUGAUUUGGCCAAUUUAUGAAAAUCUAAAAACCAAUGAAAUGAUUGUAAACUUAAAGUAAACUCAAUAGAAAUAAAAAUAAUUCAACAAAUGAGGCUCUUAUUAAAGGCGCAUAUAUGACCGCCAUGAUCUACCAGCGCCGCGCAAGUAAAACCGCACGUUCGCUGUCCCAAGCCAGCCGUGAACGGGCUAUAGUUCAUUCACGGCUGGCUUGUUCCAUCGAAAAAUUGGUCCUGACACGAUAGUAGAAGAGAUAAUGCCUGGUUGGUAGAGAGCGCAGACAGUCCCCGCCUCUUUGCGCCCCAAGCUAGCUGUGAAAUGACUAUAGCUAUUUCUCUUAUUUGUGUUGUAUCCCAUUUACUUCUUUUAUUUCUAAUGGCACCCAAUAAGGAAGAUAAUUUCAGUUUGCGGUUUAGAAGUUCAUGAAAAUUGGUCAUAAAACUCAUUGAUAUACCAGUAAACACCAGAAAGCCUGAAACUCUCAAUCUGCUCAAUUCCUAUUUUUGAAAGGACACCUCAAAAAAAGCUCAAAACCCGUUGAAGGAGUUCAUUUUGAUAAUUUGAGUCCUCAUUUCUCGAAAAUGUUGUGCAGGUUGAAACUCUCAGGCUUCUUCUGUUACGUGGCCAAUUUUUCUGGUGUUUGAGAAAUUCCCAAACGUGAAGAAAACCUGACUUUCUUUUUAGUGAAACUUUAAUGUUAAAAAAUCUUUGAAAAUCAAUUGAAACUUAGAAACAAACUUAUUUUUCAUGUGGUCAAUUGUUUUCCUUUUAUUAAAGUUAUUUUUUUAAGAUUGGCGGAUCGCCAGUAUGUCUAUCGCUGUAUUCUGAUAUGCUUUAUCAUGUGGCCGAACAAAAACCUGCGCAAAUGAAGCUCGUCGAUUAUUAUGAUCCCGAACAACAGGUUUAUGAUUCGAGAUACGUAUUUUGCGCACAGAAAAAGAAAAUUUUUCUAUCAUCAUAAUUGCAUUUUCAAAAAUUCGCAAUCUCCGAGCUCAUAAAGACACACUUCAAAUCUAAUUGACAAUAUUUUUCAGAUUGUUAUCGAUUUGAAAGUUGUUUUUGAAAUAAAAUUUGUAUAUUUAUUCAAAAAUGUCAAUUGUGUUGGUGAAUAGUGUUUUCAGUUGAAAAUGGCGUAUUCGAUGAAACAAGUUCGAUCCUUAUCGGAUUCCUGCGACGAGUGUUGGCCAGAAAACGUUCCUCUAGCCGUGCCGAGAGCCACAGUCAGUCCUGCCGCCCAAAAAGGCUCGGUUACGCUUGGCAUGACCUUCAUUUUACUGUUACGAUGGGCUGUUGUAUAACUUGUCGCUUUUUUCCACUUGUCUGUUUUUUUUAAUACUUUUCGUUUGUUCUGUGAUGUUUUCGAUGAUUUUCCGUGAUCACUAAGAAUAACUGACGAGAUAAACGCGAGGUCGGUGGCGGUACAUUGACGAACUCGCAAACAUGUCGCUUUUUUUCUGGGCGCGAUCUCGCAUUUUUCUGGGCGCGACCUCGCAUUUAUCUUGCAUUUCGGAAAUUUUCAAAAUGCGAGAGAAAUGCGAGCUCGCGCCCAGAAAAAUGCGAGACCGGCGCGAGAAAAAAUGCGAGAUGUUUGCGAGCUCGUCAAUGUACCGCCAGCGUCUCGCGUUUAUCUCGGCAGUUAUUCUUAGUGAUAGUAAGGCUGAAGUUCCAAAGGCCUUGAUUACAACUUGGCGCUUGACAGAUUUCUAUGCGACUGGCUCGACCUCCAAAGAAAUUGAACGUCAUUUUUGCACGAACGGAAAAUUCAGAGUUGUGCUCUGGGUCGGCCGGGCUGGCCAUAGUGUUGCAACGCGGUCGCGAAGUGGUCGAAAGUUUGCCAUUUUUUGAACCUUUUUGUCUCGAAAUUUUCACAGAAUGUGUAAAUGGGGGAGUUAGUGAUCAAAAAUGUGUUAUUUAAAAACCUAUGUGAUGUAAAUGUGAAAUGAGAUUCAAAAAAAGUUCGCGUUUGCGACUGAUUGAUUCGGCCCUCACCCUCCGCCCAAUGCACAGCUCUAAAAAAAAAGUCAAUGGAUCUUUUUUUAAAAAAACUUGUAAGAACUCUCAUGUUGGCGCCCAGGUGCUACUCGUCACCAUCUUCCAAUUGUCAGUUUCAAGCUGGGUUCUUCUUUUUUCUUCGAAAAGUCUUUUAAGCGUUUUUACUGUAUUUGUCAUUCUGCAUUUUUUGCCCCGUUUCAUAAUUUCACGGGAGAAAAAGCGCGGAUAGUUAAACUGCGUUCAAAAAAAAAUUUUCCGUAUUCAUCCAUCUAUUUAAUUUCACUUGCUAUUGAAACGUUACGGUUGUUUUUUUUUUAAAUCAUGCCCUUUCAAAAAAACUGUAUGAUCGCGUAAUUUAUUUUUUUAUUGAGGAAAAAAAACACACACAAUCGACAUAAAUUAAGCAAAUACUCUAUUCAUAAGUACUUGAAAGCAUAGUAAAAUUUUAUUGAAAUUUUCAAAGCCCUGCUUUUCUUUGUUCACGAAUUUUUGCAUUAUGAAGCGUGUAUUUUUUGUUUGUUUAACCGGAUGAAGUUGCUCUUGUUUAAUUUCUUGAAGUUGUACUAACAUUUUUGCGAUUGAAGUUAGCUCAAUAUUUAAACAAAAAAAAACUUUGAAAAAAGUUUCAGUGA